AUCUUGGACUCUGGCUGAGUGAUAAAUUCCCCCGCCCGAGAGCGCGGGCUUUCUUGAGAGGCGCCGUGCUGCUGGAGUGCUCCUUGCUCCGAGUCCUUCUCGCGGCCCUGCGGACGGCGGUUUCCGCGUGGCCCGGAGCGAGGCCAGGCUGCCCCCGCUCGAGGCCCGCGUCGCCAUGGCCGCGGUUCCCGAGUUGCUGCAGCAACAAGAGGAGGAUCGCAGCAAGCUGAGAUCUGUAUCUGUGGACCUGAAUGUUGAUCCCUCACUUCAGAUUGACAUACCUGAUGCACUCAGUGAGAGAGAUAAGGUCAAAUUUACAGUGCACACCAAGACCACGCUGCCCACGUUUCAGAGCCCAGAGUUUUCUGUUACAAGGCAACAUGAAGACUUUGUGUGGCUACAUGACACUCUUAUUGAAACUGCAGACUAUGCUGGGCUUAUUAUCCCACCUGCUCCUACAAAGCCUGACUUCGAUGGCCCUCGAGAAAAGAUGCAGAAGUUGGGAGAGGGUGAAGGAUCUAUGACCAAAGAAGAAUUUGCUAAGAUGAAGCAAGAGCUGGAAGCUGAGUAUCUUGCGGUCUUUAAGAAGACUGUAUCUUCCCAUGAAGUCUUUCUGCAGCGGCUCUCUUCUCACCCUGUUCUCAGUAAAGAUCGCAACUUCCAUGUGUUCCUGGAAUAUGAUCAGGAUCUAAGUGUUAGGCGGAAAAAUACCAAAGAGAUGUUUGGUGGCUUUUUCAAAAGUGUGGUGAAAAGUGCGGAUGAGGUCCUUUUUUCUGGAGUUAAGGAGGUAGAUGACUUCUUUGAGCAAGAGAAGAAUUUCCUCAUUAACUAUUAUAAUAGGAUCAAGGAUUCAUGUGCAAAAGCUGACAAAAUGACUCGAUCUCAUAAAAAUGUUGCAGAUGACUAUAUCCACACUGCAGCCUGCCUGCAUAGCCUGGCUUUAGAAGAGCCAACAGUCAUCAAAAAGUACCUAUUGAAGGUUGCUGAGCUAUUUGAAAAACUUAGGAAAGUAGAAAGUCGAGUCUCCUCAGAUGAAGACUUAAAGCUGACAGAGCUUCUCCGAUACUAUAUGCUCAACAUAGAGGCUGCUAAGGAUCUCUUAUAUAGACGCACCAAAGCCCUCACAGACUAUGAGAACUCAAAUAAAGCCUUGGAUAAGGCCCGGUUGAAAAGCAAAGAUGUCAAGUUGGCUGAGUCACAUCAGCAGGAAUGCUGCCAGAAAUUUGAACAGCUUUCUGAAUCUGCGAAAGAAGAACUAAUCAAUUUCAAACGAAAGAGAGUGGCAGCAUUUAGAAAGAAUCUAAUUGAAAUGUCUGAACUGGAAAUAAAGCAUGCCAGGAACAAUGUCUCCCUCCUGCAGAGCUGCAUUGACUUGUUCAAGAACAACUGAUCUGCCUUUUCUAUGAAUGAAGGACACGAAUGUGAAAGAAAGCCAGUAUCACUUGCACUUAAAUCAUUACCACAGAAGAUUUAUUACCUUUCACUUUAGUUAAAAAUUAUGUGAAUAAAUAUUUUGAUUUCUAAAAUCUUAACACUUAACCAUGUUGGUUUAAAAAUAUUUCUAUUGCAUGCUACUUGGACAUAACUAAUAUUUUCCUUAUGCAUUUAAUACCUCAAAAUGGGCAGAAUCUAAAUGCUAAGUUUUCCUGUAACUUGUCUUUAGUUAUUAAAGAGUGCAGGAAACAUGUGCCUUCUGGAAACAAGUACAAGCAAUGCCUGGCACAUGUUGUCUCACUGUUUCAUGUGCUCAUGUCCCUACAAACCAGUUAAUUUAGAGUAGGUGCCAAUGACAACGAAUAUGCCUGCUGCUAGUUGCAGGUAACAUAAACAUUCCAUUCCUUAAUUAAGGUGAUUUUUUUUCCCCCUUCUUACAUUUAUGGUAUGUUAGACAUCUUAAGUGAUUGUACUAUAACAAGAGCAAGAAAAUCUCAUUUGUCUUUAUAUACCCUUUACAGGUCAUUUUGUGUGUGUGUGUGUGUGUGUGUGUGUGUGUGUGUGCGUGCGCGUGCGUGUAAUUGGGUUGUAAAUAUUUUAGGGGAGAGAAAGAAGUAUCUUGUGUAAAAACAAAUAUAUGGCCUACUUCAGAAGAUGGGCAGUCUACAUUAAAGAUGUGAGCCCCCUUCCUGAUCACAACGGGAGGGUAUGUGUGUGUUUGGACUUUUUAUAAAAAGUGUAUAAUAAAAUAAUCAUGUUACCA